GUAGCUGUAAACGUCAACCAGGAUCUCUGCUAAGGAAAGAAGACAUGAAUAGCGGAACGCACAAUAUUUACCGUUAUGAUUAACAAGAUAACAUCAGAAACGCGUGGCGCUUAUGAAUAAGAGCAGAGUAACAAAGACCAGGCCGUAUUUUCGGCUGUUGCGAUAAAGAAUCUGCCCAGCAUCUUCGGCUCUACGUUGAUCAUUGAGUAUGGCCUGGAUAUGGAAGAGGAAGUCGGUCAUCGCGACGGGCCUGAUCGUGGUGGUGUCUCUCUUCGUGGUGGUGGUGAACUACUCGGAGAAGCCCUAUGACCUGCUGCAGCCUGUGUUUGGACAGAGUUUCAGUGGCCAUUGGAUGUUUUCCCGGCAGCCUACCAAGACAUACAAACCCCACCCAGGCUACGUCAGCAUCCCCAAGCAGGAGCCUCUGAAGCUGCACUGUGACGUGUGCAGUGUGGUGUCCAGCUCGGGCCAGAUGUUGGGCCAGCAGGUGGGGGCCGAGAUCGACCGCUCGUCCUGCAUCUGGCGCAUGAACAACGCGCCGACGCGGGGCUUUGAGCGCGACGUGGGCCGCCGCACCACGCUGCGGGUGGUCUCGCACACCAGCGUGCCGCUGCUCCUGCAGAAGCCGCACUAUUUCUUCGGUCACGCCAACGACACGGUCUACGUGGUGUGGGGCCCGCUCCGGAACAUGCGCAAGGACGGCAAGGGCAUCGUGUACAACAUGCUGAAGCAGGCGGCCGACAACUACCCGCAGGCGCGCAUCUACCUCACCACCGAGGAGCGCAUGAACUACUGCGACAUGGUCUUCAAGAAGGAGACGGGCAAAGACCGCAUACAGUCGGGAUCCUACCUCAGCACUGGCUGGUUCACCCUCAUCCUGGCCAUGGACAUGUGCAAAGAGAUCCGCGUGUACGGCAUGAUCAACGAUACAUACUGCAAGUUAAGGAUGGAGGGCUACCGGAAGGUUCCGUACCACUACUACGAGGCCGGGAGCCGGGACGAGUGCGCCGAGUACCUGCUUCAUGAGAGCGCGCCGUACGGCGGUCACCGCUUCAUCACCGAGAAGGCCGUCUUCGCCAAGUGGGCCAAGAUGCACACUAUCAAGUUCUUCAACCCAGAGUGGCAGCUCUCGUGACACACCCCCAUCACACACACACACACACAUACACACACACACACACACACACAUACAUACACACACACCAAAACCACCACCACCUUGUGACUUGGCACAGAGCUUUCUGAGCUGUGAGGGACGGCACUCUCCUGUCUGCAUGCACCUUAGAGAAAGGAGACAUUGACACGUAAGUGCAGGACGUCCUGUGUGUGAGACUCUCCAAGCCCCCUCUGCUGUGAAGAGCGCGUGAGGAUCCAGUCCCUUUUCAAGGUCAGGAACCGAUUGUACUGUUUGCGGUUGGAAGCAAAAAUAGACAAUCAAGCACCAUUGUUUGGACUGAUGCACUCAGUCGAACAAAUAAUGCCCGCUGACACCAUGUGGUGUGCAAAAGUGAGGUGGUAACCUUGUGAAUGUUUGUAUUCGUACACUGUCCAGCUGUCGAUUUCUGCACCAGAGCAGCCACGGGAAGGUCAUUCAAGCAAAGGCCAUCGAGCUGAAAGAGCUGCUGCUUGACAUUCACAAGAUGACGAGGAAGUGCAAUCAUAAAUCAUAGAUUUUUUUUCUCUCUCUCUCUCUUUCUUUAUUUCCCUCUCUCACUCUGUCUUUCUUUUUCACAAGAAAAAGCUGAAUUUUUGAAUCUCCAUGUGAUGCACUACCAAUUCGUAGAAAUACGAAAUAUUCUGGGCUGCUGUCAGUGUUUUUUAGCUGAACAGACUGUUUCUCACAAAGGCUUUUUUUCCUCCAGUGAUCAAGGCAUCACACGGAUCAAAAGUUUAAUAUUCUUUGUGUGUGGAUGAAAUCCUUCAUCCUUCCCUUGACCAAAAGCUCUAUACAUCUUCAAACACACACAUGCAUGUGUGCACACUCACACUAUCAUACACGCACACAUACACACACACAGACAGACAGAUAGCCACACACACACACAGAGAUACAGUAAAACUCAUUCAGUCUUUUGGCAAGCAAGACUUAGGAAGACUUAGGAAAGAUUUCAAACAGAAUCUGUUUGAAAUCUUAAUCUGAAAUGUAUCAUUCAACAACCCACAUCUGCAAUCCAGUGCCAUGUGAGCAACCUUCAAGACUUGCCUUUCCGUCCCUUCAAAAUGCCCACAAUGAUUAAAAAUAUAGCGAUUGAUUUAUUUGGUUCCAGAACAAUAUUAGCUUGAUGCUACCAUGACCCCCCCCCCCCACCACCACCACCACCACCACCACUGCACCCCCCUCUACAUUAAUCAUCACACACACUUCACAGCAACAUGUCACAAUGCAUUAGAGCCCUCUCGUCCAAGUGCCAUCUCUUUGACAUUAAUAGCAUUAACAGCAUGGGGUCAAGUGGUACAAACAGCAUGUCACAGCAUCCAUUAGCGUGAGCGGAAGACCAGUAUCACUGGCGCGACCCUGGUGUGCCACGCUGAGCUGAGCCAUGCCGUGGUGUGCCGCAGUGUGGUGUGGUGUGGGCUCCAGUGCCGUGCAGUGCAGUUCACCUCCCCACCCCUCCAGUCCGGACUAUCAUCAGCCAUCUCUCUGAGCCACGCCUUUGUGUCUGUGUGCACAAGUCCUCAGUCCUUCCCUUUUGCUCUCUAGUCUCCUUCCUUGUUUUUCCUCUCUUCUGUCCUCGGCUUUUCUUGGCUUUUGGCUAUCAAGGAGUAUGUUUCUAAGUGAGAAUAGGCCCAUAAUGCUAAAUGUCCACUAAAUGCGCUGACCAGUCUAGUGUUUCAUGUGAUUGUUCUAAGCUUCAUAGUUCCAUAGUUCCAGCUCAAGCUCCCUCCGAACUUACUUUCAUUCUCACUCAUUAGGCUAAUUAUGUGGUUGAGAAUUAAAAAAAGACAAAUUAACUAAAUGUUCAAUUGGCAAAAGACUGGAAAUCCCUUUUCAUUUUGGGCCAUUUGUGCCUUUAAAUGUAUUUAAUCUGCUUUAAUCUGCACAUAAAUUAUCCAGGAAUUUAAAAACUAUUGCUUCUCCUUAUUGCAUUGCAUUCUCAGUUUUUGCUGGGUUGUCACAUCUCCCCUUGACACAUGCUUAAACCAAUCAGCAAAUACCUGGGGCAGGGUGGGACACAUCAGGCUUACUCCCUGCUACCACCAGCCCCACCCACGGCUGCAGUCUGGACCCAAGGGUGAUGCUCAAAGGAGCGGUCCAGAAGGUCCUCGCAGACACACGCCAUGAUUAAUCAUUUCUGCAGAUCUCGGAGCAGAGGCGUGGUACAGCCAGCAGAUGAUGCAGAGCAGCCGGGGCUUCCCUGCUGGGCGGCCCGACUCAUCUGCACACGCUCCGCAUCUCAUUUUCUCCUCUCCUCUUCUCCCCACUCCUCUCCUCUCUCUCUCCUCCUCUCUCUCCUCUCCUCUACCCUCCUCUCUCCUCUCUUCUCUCUCUCCUCUCUCUCGUCCAGCAGCUGUCUGAUGCAUAUGCUCUGCAUUCACAGAAGAAGAAAAAGAGAGGUUCAUUAGAAGUCUGGAUACAGGAGAAGAACGCUAAAGGGCAGCUUUGGUGGGCUUUUUUCAACCCAUACCUUAUUCAGUUCCAAUUUUAUUUAUUUAUAUGGAGCCAUUAACCAACUGGAUGUACAUGAACAGUCAUUUCCAGCUAUUUAUAAUCGAGGACAAACUCUUCAAAAUAUUCCCCCAAAAAAACAUUAUUGUUAUUCAGCCUGUCCAAAGCUCCUGACCCGGUAACAAUGAACAGUACACCUUUUACGGGGGAUCUAAAAAAAAAAAACGAAUUUGUGACAACAGACAUGUUUUGCUCCGUGAACCAUUUUCUUAUCUGUUAGUGCAAGGCACGCUCCAUCCCUCUCUCUGAUCCCUCUCUCUCUCUCUCUCUCUCUCUCUCUCUCUCAUAUUUAUAUAUAUAUAUAUAUAUAUAUAUAUAUAUAUAUAUAUAUAUAUAUAUAUAUAUAUAUAUAUAUAUACAGACAGAAGUCUUGUUGUGUGGACUGUGUAAAUAGGUUUUUGACCAGUCUGUGAUUGUGACAUUGUUUGGCAGCUCACUUGGUUCUCUCUGAUUGCAAUAAAAUGAAUACCCCACCACACCACCACCACGGCUACCGCCUGCUCCACCACCCCUCCACUUCUCUGCGCUGUGAGCAGGUGUGCAGCAGCCCCCCGCCCCCCCCCCCAUCCCAGCCAUCCCAGCCCAAACUGAGCCAGGGCCCCUGGGCCGCGAAGGCAGCCAUUUCAUGAAGACAGCAAGGAGAGUGGCCGCGUCAAAGGGGAGGCUGAGUGCAACGGCGCCCCCUGGUUUGCUCGAUGACGUGUUGCGGCCAUGGGAGCGAGCGGGUUUAGGGGCUUGCGCUUGGGGAACCUGCUGUGAAGCAGCGGCAUCGACCCUGCGUUGUUCCAGGAUGUUCUUUUGUGGAGACGGCAGAUCACAGGUUCAGAAAGCGCACACACUGCAGGAAUUCUGUGCGAAAAAACCAUCUGUCUCUGCUAAUUGGCACAGUUCUUCAGCCAGGCGGUGUAGCUAAUGAGAGAAAUCAGAUGGCUAAGUGCAUGGAUGGAGACGCUAAAGGGGAAAAAAGCAUGGAGGCACUGCUUCGUUCUGCACUGGGUCGAUCCCACCGCUGUGUCCACCCUCAACUGGGACGUGGUCACCCGGCGGCUCUGGAAGCUUCCAUCAGGACAGCUCCUGAGCGACAUGUCAAAAUGGCCUGCCACUACUAACCUACACUUUUCCUCACAGAUACUGUCAGUGGUAUGCCUUUUAUCACACACACACAUAUUUGUAGCAUUGUUGGUUGGGCCACCAGCCAAGAGAAGAGAAAUAGGCUAUGAAUUUAACAUUUCUGUCUUCGCAUGUCUCUUCCCUCUUUCUUUGUUUCUGUCCUUUUUUUGCUUGAUAGAAAUGCAGUUCUCUUACCAUGCCCAGACAUGGAUGACUGACUUCUAAUUCUAUGAUUUUUUUCCUUACCAGACUCAAGUGCAUUUUAUUCCUCUUCGAAGGGUGCAAGGCUUAGACUCGAGCACUUUUAUUUCAUUCAUAAGUGUCCUUUUUCUCUUUAUUUGUUUGUGCUAGAAUAUUUAUUAAUCAGUCUUCAGUUAACAACCACUUCUUAACUAUUCUGGCAUUCACAAGAAUAAAACAAUAUGUAAUUCUUUCAAGGUUAUACUAUUCCCAGUAUAUAUAUCAUUAUUUCCCAUGCCUGUUCAAUGGGGAGAAUGGCACAUUGUGUUCAUGUCAGUACGAAAAGAUCUGAAGUCUCUUAUAGACCUUUUACCUUUGGCUUUAAUGUAAGCAACAGGAUUACUGAAUUUCUCAGUAAAUUAUUUGAUUGAGUUUGAUAAGCAAGCUGUACUAAGAUGUGAACUGUAUUUUUAAUGGACUUUUAGGUCUUCGCAUUCUUAUCCCCUGGGUGUCCUAAAUAUGAUAUUGGUGAUGAUUUCUUUCAUUUUUAUGUCUACUAUGAAACUGACAUUUUCACGAGUUGUGCAUUUAAUUAUUUCAUCAAUAUCCCUGAGGAUAAAAGUAUACUGCUCCCAUCACACAGAUGGUCAAUGUGUAGAAGACUUUGUUUACUGUAGACUGAAAUGGUGAUAGCGAUUUCAUGUUUGCCUUACUGUUGUAAAACCAGUCAUCUUUGUUUUGAUUCUUUAAAAGGUGAAGUGUGUGGUCAUUGUUGUCCUUAUUUGCUUUUCCAACUUUAAAAACAUGCCUAAAAUAAGGGGGGAAAACUAGCAUGAGCACACUGAAAAACACUGUGUACCUUUUAUCAUCCCAAUUCCGCAGAUCUUAAGCAAUUUUGUCUUUUGGUUUAUUUGUGACACACGUUAUUUCAGUGUGUUGGGCAUCAUUUAAGGCUGUGUGUGAUUGGUGCACUCUUUUGUAGAACCUCACAGAAAUAUUUGAACAUCUGCUUCAUCCUCACCCAGCAUUACCCCUUUCCUCUGCAAUCAGACUCACAGUGUUUACCUCCAGGCAGAGUGUCUCGCCACAGACACACUCACCUCCACCUCCACAUCAGCUAUUCUGUUUAGGACAAUCCCCUGCUCUAAAUAAAUGCCUGUAUGGUGUAGGAGGUUGAAAGGCCUGCAUUGCAAUUAGCUUAGUGCAGACAAAUGGGGAAUGUUCAAUGUUAAAUUAAGGCUCUAAUGAAGCGCAUCCGAAGAAAAAGGCCCAGAAACAAAGGCAUACUGAAGGCUGAGGAAUAAAGAAAGCUGCACUAAAUUGAAUAGAUUUUCUGUAUGUUCUCGAUUGCAUGUGUCCAAUGUUUGAUAAUGAAGCCUCUAUUGUAUUUUCUUUUUUUAUUUGAGUUCAUGGUUCCAUCCAUUUUUUUUGUCCAGGUUGUAUUUGAGAGAGACUCUAUGUGAUCGAUGGCUUUGUGGCGAUUUUCCACUCACUUCUCAUUUAAGUGCAAAUGAACCAUUGGACAGCCAAGGGAAAUGGGCUUUGUUAAAUGUUCAGUUCGCCUUACCUUGGACAUAUCUUCCCUUUCAAACAAACAUAACCCUUCAGUCUUUCAUUCUCUGGAUUUCAACUAUGUUUUUUUUCCUGUGAAGCGUCGUCCAUAAUUUUAAGUCUUACAGAAUGUCGAUUUGCCACUCUCUUGUGUUUCCGCCACUGCGUAGAACUGACUGUUUGAGUCGGUGUGGACGCAUGUGGUUUUAUUUUGUUGGCUCCCUUCAUUAUGAGCGACACAUUUUAGCUAGAAGGUUCUAGUGUCCCUCUGCCCUAAACAGAACAGAUGGCUCUACCAUAUGUACUUAAGUACCACCUAGGCCUUUGGACUGAGCUGUAGUAAACAUAAACAGAUAAACAGAGCAGUGCAUGUCUGGGCCAGUAAGAAAGAGAGGAUGUGUCCAAAAUUGUCAGAGGACAAAGUUGCGGAGCAUCUGUUCUCCUUGUGGACCCACGCGACUCUGAAGCACAACGAAGUGUUAAAAUAUGUUGCCAAUGUUUUGCCAUGUUUCUUUUUCCCUAUCUCAGACAUAUCUUUUGAAAGAAUCUGUGUUAUGUUUGCAUCAUUUGAUGUCAUUGAGGUUAUUGUAUUGUGUUCAGUAUGUAUUGUCAGAAAGUUGUCUGCUGCUUCUGCUGAAGCUGAUGUGUUUUUGUCUGUCAUUUUACUUUUUUUUUGUCUGUUACACUUUUGUGUGUUUUGUGCCCUCAGUAAUUAUACCACUUGCAUUUUUGUACUCUCUGUCAGCCUAAUGUUCACAAUGAAUAAAUGAUAAUAAAUUGUUUUUUUCUGCCAGUA